AUCAUCUCUUUUGACAGCAGCCGACGAAGUAGUAAGAAGCUAGAAGAGAAGAAAAGAUGGCCGGAGAUAGGAAAAGGAUAAUCAAAUUGUUCUUCCCAUCUGUUCCCCACAAUAUUGUUCCAUUUGUAGUUUGGGAAGAACAAAGACUCGAUCUUGGCUCGAUUGCGCGUCUGUUUGAUCUUCAACCCUCGACUUUGAAGCUCAACGGCCACUUCAUAAGCAGGGGAAUCGACUUUAUUGCUUCGUCCGUCACUUGGAAGUCUCUUCUAUCCUUCUUCUCCUCUCGCGGUUUCUCCACCGGUUCCUCCGACGCCGACGCGCUUUUAGUCGACGGCAAGCGCUUGAUUAUCGGAACGAAGCGAUCUCAUUACCCACCAACUGAAGAUAAUGAGGCUGCAUGGUUAAGUUCUAAUGUGGAAGGAGAAAAUCUUUUCAAGAAGAAACGAGUAGUAGUUUCGCAAAACUCAGGAUAUAAUGAACAUCAGAGCGGUAUAAUUUGCAAUAGUGGUGAAAUUGGGGAGAAGAGAAAGUGGCAGUAUGAAGAUACAACCGCGUAUAAGAGAACAAAGACUAACGGUACUGGUAGUAGUCCAGGAUAUAAUGAUCAUCAAAGCGAUAAAAUUAGCGAUAGUGGUGAAAUUGGGGAGAAGAGAAAGUGGCAGUUUGAAGAUACAACCGUGUAUAAGAGAACAAAGACUACCGGAACUGGUAGUAGUCCAGGUGAAGGAUCAUUUUCGAGAACAAAUUCGAACUCUCAAUCAAGAUGUGGUUUCUUCGAUAGAGGUAUGAAACGACCUAGAGAAUUGGAGGUUAAUAUCUCCAGUCCUUGCAGCAAAAGAAGCAAAUUUAUUGACUUGAGUUUAGGUUAACACAAGUUUGUACAACAUAGAAUUAGAAUGUUUUAUGGAAAGACUCUAUUACUAUGUAAUUAGAUCCAUAAGUAUCAUUCUUAAAUUUUGUAGGAAAGUGAGUAUAACCUUGAAAAAGAAAAAGGUUCAAAUGAACUCGAAUCUUGUGAGGCCGUGUUAGGGCUUUUAUAGGGUAACGAGUUUAUUUUGUGUUUUGAGAUGCAGUUGUAAGGUUUGUAUCGUAUUUUUCAUACUUUCAUGUUGAAUUGAAGGUUAUAUUUAUAACUUAUGGAUUUAAAAUAAUA